AUGGAACAGCGUGCCGAUCACCGGCCGCCGCCCAUCAGACCGUCUGCUGCAUCUGCCCGAGACGAUCUGGAGACGUCUGGGUCGUCGUCACGGUCACGGUGUCACCAUCAUCCGGUUCUGGGCGACGCCGUGAUGCGGCUGGAGACGAUCCGCGAGCGCAACAGUGCGUACAGUGAGGACGGCAGCGAGUUCAUCGACCUACCGCUGCCGCCCGUUCCGGGUCGGCCACCGAAACCGGAGGUACCGCCGCGCCCCAAAUUCUUACCGGAAGCGGCGCCGACGGCGGCGGCUUCGGUCCGGCAGAAUGUGAUGUCGGUGGCGGCGAGCGAGUACCUCUGCUCCCGGCUGCGGGACUUCGAGGAGGAGGAAGGCGACCCCACCGGGGACGAGGCUGAUGGCGUGGAAGAGAUCAUCCUCGAACCGAUCGUUCCCGAUGACCUGCGAUCGAUCGAGAGCAGCGCCUCGAACACGCUGCGCAAGAGCUCCUGGAGUGUGUCCUCGUCCACCGGCGGUGACCAGUCGGCCGGGGCGCGACACUCGGCCAGCGACAGCGAUGAUAGCGACGUAGACGGCGACGAGGAAGAUGGCGAACGUUCGUCCGGAUACCGGGACAAGUCGCCGUUCCUGCGCUCGGUGUCACUGUCGCCGGUUGGGCGUCGUUACCGUAGGCAGCAAACGUCUUCCGGCCUACGACGCCGGAAGACCCCAUCAAGAACUUCCACCAGUGGCCCAUCGUCGUCCGCUCCGUGGAGGCGCCACCACGAGCACCACGAAGCAGAUGAGUCAACCUGUUGCGAUGAUGACUUUACCUGGGUGAUGCGCACUCAAGCCAGACUGGAAGCUCCGAAGGCUUCGGUCGAGUCCGACGUCCGACGGUCGGUGUCGCGUACCGCACCGGGUACGCGGACACCUUCGCGCGCCGAUCGAGGCGAGGCAGCAUCCGUAGGAGCGCGGGCUGACGCGAGCGGAGCCAGCACUCCGGGCCCGAGCGGUAAACCACCGAGACCUUUGCGCGAAACGGGCAGCCUCGAUCGGCGGCGGCACCUCGGCUCGAGCCGCCACGAGCGGGACAGCAAGAGCCGCAGCACCCACUCGCUGAAGGAGAAAUCCUCGUCGUCCGAGUUCCCCAAGCACGACUCGAUGUCGAGCAACCUUAGUCUAAACUCCAAAGAUCAUCAUCACGAUUCGGGCAGCUACAACAACUACAACAGCAGCGGUAGCGGCAGCCAACAGCACCAGCAGCAGCAUCACCAUCAUCAUCACCCGCACCACCGUCAGCGGCAGAGCCCGAGUCCGGGUAUCUGGGAACCGCCGCCACCGCCACCACUGUCCCACUGGGACCCGCACUACUACUGGGGGGCUUAUCCACACCAUUACCACCACCAGCAGCAGCAGCAUGGCAGCCGGGAGGAACUACGGUUAAUCGACUACCACCGGCGCCAGCAGCAGGAACUCUACCGUUACGGGAGCAACAGUGCGCUGGGCAGUAGCCAGGAUCUGUCGUCCUGCGCGAGCGGGUGCUGCAGUCGGAGCUUUUAUCCUCCACCACCGCCGCCACCGGGCGCUGGAUGCUGCUCCUGCGAACAUCGAUCGCCCUGGAGCAAGGAUUGUCAGCGCCAGGAUACGGACGAGCGUCUGCGGCGGCUGCAGACGGACAAGGAAGCGCUAGCGCUGCAGGUGAAGGUGCUCACCGAGCAGGUGCAGACACUGACGGCGAAGAUCGGCGAGCUCGAGCGCACGGUCAAGGAGAAGAACCAGCUGCUCGCGAACGCCGAAGAUCUACUGCAGCGAGUAAGCGUAUUUGCAAAAACAGUUGGCAUCCAGAUUGACAAACAAAAAGAAAUGCUGUCGCGGUCAUCGCUGGAAACGCAGAAACUAGAACUGAUGUCGGCCAUGAGUGAACUGAAGCUCCAGCAGGCUGCACUGGAGCGGGAAAACCUGGAACUUCGCACGAAUUUCAUGACCAGCUCCAGCGGAUCGGCGGCCCUGAUGAAUGGCAGUCUCACGAACGGUGGUGUCACUUCCGCGGUAACGAACGCACUGAAUAACAAUAGCAUUACGUCGGGGCUGCUCCGGCGGCCUCAGAUUAUCACCAACACGCGAAUGGUGGGCAUGUCGGCCUGUGUGCCCGGUACCGCCUUAACGUCAUCCCCGUUGCACCACGGAAGCCACGGAAGCUUGCCUCAGACGGCUAUCAGCCCCAUCACACCGAAGACACCGCCGGCCACGUACCGACAGCGAGUCGAUGUUCACUACAGCAGUCUUCCACGACAAGCCUUCGCCACCACGCUGUCGACCGUCAGCACAUCGAGCGGAUCUUCGACGGCGACGGACAGUAAUGCGAACCCGAAACGAAACGUGGCCUUCGGUAAAUGUCUACCAUCGCUAGAAACUUAUCUUACUAGGAACACGAACGACGGUGACGGCGACGACGGGUCUGCUGCGCUGGAAGAGCCGGAAGAGAGCUGGAAGAGCCCGGAAGAGCCGCUCGGAGUGGCCAAAGAACAAAGCGCACAUCCCGGCACGGGAAUGUCAUCGUCAAUGAACGCUCUCUCGCUGGCCCGAGCGCUCCGUGCCACGGAGGAAACGAAUCUGCCGCACAUGAAAGCGGCGUCGGCAUCGGCCAAAGAGUUAUUGCACAAUCAAGCGGCUGCUGAACGGUCCGGCGGCGGACCUCGAACGAUCGCUGAUCUGGCUUACGGUAGUCCGUACGUUGAGGUACACCUGCUGCGCGCCAAUACGGAACCGCCGUCACCUACGGUCCCAGUCCCGCCGGAUGUCAAGCAUAAAUCCGAACCACCGAAAAGAGUGCCAGCUACGGGUCAGGAUUUCAAAGCGCCGUCCCUGUUCGUACCGCUACCGGCAACCGCAACACGACCGCGGCACGAACCAAUCGAUAAACUGCGAGGAUUUUCUGUACCAAACCUAGCCGAAACAGAAAACGCUAACGAUGAUCGGACAGAUGGAUCGCUGCCUCAACGGAGCUUUACUCCGCAACCGGCUCCUUCGCCCUCGAUGAGCAACAAGCUGAAGAACAUUUUCGGCAAGAUCAAGCGGAGCAACAGUGGAACGCUAGACGAUCUGCCAAGCGGUGUUGGUGGUGGUGCCGGUGCUGAGGGUGAGUUCAAGCGUGGCGGCGUACGGGCGACUGCCGGUGCCAGGUUAGGCUGGAGCGGUUCGGCGCCGUACCGUAAGCCUGACAAAGCGUUCCGCGAAUGGGAUCUGGAAGCGGUGUGCCAGUGGUUCGACCACCUAGGGAUGAGCAUGUACGAGGAGGAAUUGCGGCGCUGGCUCACGCCAAGCGCAGCGGCUGCCACGGAGCUACUGAAAGCGUCACCGGUCGAUGUGGAGAAAGAACUAAACCUGCGCCAUCCGUUGCAUCGCAAGAAAAUUGUGCUGGCCCUUACGGAUGUAUCCGGAACGGAGAACGACGAUGAACUGUUCACGAGUGCUGCCAAGCUAGACACAGCAUGGAUUCUACGAUGGCUGGAUGACGUUGGAAUGCCACAGUAUAGGGAAGCGUUUACGGCCGCCCGAAUGGAUGGUCGGAUGUUACACAAACUGACCAUGGACGACUUGGUGCACCUGCAGGUAACGUCGUGUCUGCACGUUGCCAGCAUACGCCGCGGCAUACAGCUGAUGCGUCACGAAAAGUGGCAUCCCGAGAGUCUGGUACGGCGACCAUUGCCACCGGAUUCGACCGUGAAGGAUGACGUGCGGCUCUGGAGUUCCCUGCGGGUGCACGAGUGGCUCCGGGCGGUCGAUCUGGCCGAAUACUCACCGAACCUACGCGGUACCGGUGUUCACGGUGCGCUAAUGAUAUUCGAGGUUAAGUUCACGGCUGAACUGUUCGCUGAUCUCCUGAGCAUACCGUCGAGCAAAACGCUCCUGCGCCGGCACCUGGCCACCCACUUCAAAGAUCUACUCGGCCGAGACAUCAUACAGGUGAAGCGGGAAGCAGAGAACACACUCGGCUUUCAACCGCUGACGAUUUCGGCAAAGAUCAAGACACCGAAGAAAUCACAAUUUUCACUGAAACGCAAAAAGAGCACCAAAGGCCUGCUGGGCGGAGAGGAAUGGAGUGACUAUGUCUGCCCGAUGGGUGGCUCAGGUCAGGAACAUUAUCCGGCGGGAACUGCCGCCGCUAGUGCCGCCGCUGCUGCUGCUGCUAACGCCUUUACCUCAAACGCUUGUUCCGCUAACACUAACAAUGUCACUAGCAUUGGCAUGACGAAGAAUCCCUCAACGGUACCAACUGCCUAUCCCGACAGCACCACCAGCAGCAGCACCAGCACAACUACUUCCGGAGUCGGGUCGGAGCAUGCUUCACAUCAUCCACCGCCGCUGACUAACGGCUCGGUGCCGCUGACGAUGAUGAUGAUGGCCAGCACUAACGGGACGGCAAACGGGAGCGGCAGCAGUGGAGGCGGCACAGGUGGUGGCAGUGAUUCGCCCACAUCGACACGAAGCUCCACCACGUCAACCUCCUAG